GAAAUGUACAAAGGCCGUAUUUGUUAUUUAUUCAACAAAAUGUUAUGUCAUUUAUCAGUUAUAUAAUACUUUGAUGAUAAUUAAAGAGAAAAUAAUCGAACUUUUAAUUUAUAUUUAAUAUUUAUUUAUUUAGAUAGUGAAUAAAUAAGGUGACCAAGAAAAAUAAAAUGACGCGAGGUGUUGAACUUAUUAAAAGUAUUAUCGAACGCAUGUGUCAAACAAAUAGCUUUGGAAAAUGUAUGAAAAACGUGAAAAUACUUUCUGCAGGAGAUGGCAAAUGCAAAGCAGAAUUUACAGUUUCUGAUGAACAUUUAAAUUUAGGAGGUACUUUACAUGGAGGAUUUACAGCUACGCUUAUCGAUUGUAUUUCUACUUAUGCUUUAAUGACUUGUGGGACUGGUGCUCCAGGAGUCUCUGUAAACAUUAAUGUUGCAUAUAUGAAACCUGCAUUUCCUGGUGAAUUGGUCACAGUUGAUGCUAAAACUAUACGUGCUGGACGUACUCUAGCAUAUCUUGCUGUAGAUCUUACCAAAAAUAAUGGCAAAGAUAUUAUUGCUAAUGGUCAGCAUACAAAGUUUAUCGCAUGAAGGUAUAUCUAAGGUUUUAUAAUUAUUAUGUAAUAUGUUACAUAAAGAUAUAUAUAUAUAUAUAUAUAUACAUAGAUAUCUAAACAAAAAUAUUUGUUUAUCUCAAUAAUCAAUAUACUUUCUCAAUUGAUGUAUUCGUAAAUUGAUGUAUUCAUAAAAAUAUAUUAAAGUUAUUGCGAAGUUUUUA